AGUGCGGCGGGGAGGGGAGGGGCCGCCCUGAGGUGAGCGUCGCACCGCACCGCAUCGCAUCGUGUCGCCGUCGGUACCGGCGGGGCGGGCAGCGCCGGGUUGUGCCUCAGUGACCGGAGAACAGCUGGAACAGCAGCACCGGACGGGUGGUACCGCGGAGCUGCUGCUGGACACCAUGGCAGCCCAUCAGCAGAACAAACCUUCUGGAGAAAGAAACCGCAAAAACACCCAAAAUGGUUCUCGAACACCUCAAGUCCAGUGGGGAAGAGCAUGGGAGGUGGACUGGUUUUCCUUGGCAAGCAUCAUUUUCCUGCUCAUGUUUGCGCCCCUUAUCGUAUAUUACUUCAUAAUGUCCUGUGACCAGUACCAGUGCUCUCUAAUGGAUCCACUCGUUGACUUGCUUACGGGGAAUAAACAUCUGUCUGACAUCUGGAACAAGACUCCUGUGCUGACCUAUAAGGCUGCUGGCAUGUAUACCCUGUGGGUCGCUUUCCAGGUGGUUUUGUAUGUGUUCAUUCCUGACUUCUGCCAUAAAUUUCUUCCUGGAUAUGCAGGAGGUGUCCAAGAAGGUGCCAUCACCCCUGCUGGUGUAGUGAAUAAGUAUGAAAUCAAUGGACUUCAGGCUUGGAUCAUUACCCACGUGCUUUGGUUUGCAAAUGCCUAUUACUUCCACUUCUUCUCACCUACCAUCAUUUUUGACAACUGGAUUCCUCUCCUGUGGUGUGCCAAUAUCCUGGGCUACAUAGUUUCCACAUUUGCCUUGAUUAAAGGCUAUUUUUUCCCUACCAGUGCCGCAGACUGCAAAUUCACCGGCAACUUCUUUUACGACUACAUGAUGGGGAUUGAAUUUAACCCUCGAAUAGGAAAGUGGUUUGAUUUCAAGCUGUUCUUCAAUGGGCGCCCUGGUAUUGUAGCCUGGACUCUAAUCAACCUUUCCUAUGCUGCUAAACAACAGGAGCUGUACGGCCAAGUAACCAACUCCAUGAUCCUCGUCAAUGUCCUUCAGGGUAUUUAUGUUUUGGACUUCUUCUGGAAUGAAGCUUGGUAUUUGAAAACCAUUGAUAUCUGCCACGAUCAUUUUGGCUGGUAUUUGGGCUGGGGAGACUGUGUUUGGUUGCCUUACCUCUAUACUUUGCAGGGUUUGUAUCUGGUUAACCACCCUGUCCAGCUGGGCACAGCUAAUGCCAUAGGGAUCUUGAUGUUGGGUUUGAUCGGCUAUUACAUCUUCAGGGUGACCAACCACCAGAAGGACCUAUUCCGUCGUACCAACGGCAACUGCAAGAUCUGGGGGAAGAAACCAGAAUAUAUCGAGUGUUCCUACAUGUCCAUGGACGGGACCAAGCACUACAGCAAACUGAUGACCUCGGGAUUCUGGGGGUGGGCGCGACAUUUUAACUACACGGGAGAUUUGAUGGGCUCCCUGGCCUAUUGCCUGACUUGUGGGUUUGACCACAUCUUGCCUUAUUUCUACAUCAUUUAUAUGACUAUUCUGCUGACCCACCGCUGCAUUAGGGAUGAACACCGUUGCUUCAGCAAAUACGGGAAGGACUGGAAGCGCUACACUGCUGCCGUGCCUUACCGGCUCCUACCAGGAAUAUUUUAAAGCGAACACAGAAUCCGGGGGAAAGAAAAAAGAAAAUUGAGAUUCAAAGAGUUUAUCCACACGGUUAAACUAACAAAAACACUUUGUGAAGGACACUUGUACUGCUCUGAAGGAAAAAAGGUGGCUGAACAAUAAUCCUUGCUGAACUGAAGGAACAUGUGGGCAGACAGUAUUUAAAGUAAAUUAAAUGAGACACUGAAAUGAUCUAAUUUUUUAGGAGACUCUUUUACAUGGAACUUUGUUCUUUUUUUUUUUUCCCCUCUCAAAAUUAACUUGGACUUGAAGAAAUCUUGUGUGAAUUGAGACUCCUGACAUGUCCCAAAGCUGGGAGGAGAGGCCUCACCCUUCAGAGUAGCAGGGUUCUAGAACCAGUUUCCAGUGACUCACAGAAGGAAAAUAAUGGCCUGAUCUCUUUAUGAAAUAACUCGUAUGAUGUGGUUGCUUGUGAAAGUCAUAACCCACAGUCAUUAACUCCUCAAAGGAGGUUUUACUGUUUGUUGCUUUUCAAGAGGUUAAUUGGGGUAAUACUGGACUGGGCAGCCUGAUCCUAAACUGCUGUAGUAUAAAUAUUUGUGAAAGCUGGUUGUUAUAGGUCAAAAGUUACAUUAGUUUAUAGCACCUGAGAAUAUGGUGCAUGACUGAGUAUUAUUUUAAUACUGAAACCAAACUUGGUUUGUGAAGAUACUGAGCAUACAAUGACUUCUUUAGUGUGGGUAAAAAACUGCAUUCUCUGUUGUUUGUUACAAUUUAAUCACGUUUGUUACAAUUUAAUAAAUAAAUUUGGUUUCGAGACAAGUAAUAAAUACUGUUAAUUCUC